AAGAGGAAAAUCUUAUUUUGCAAACACUCUUCUUGGACGUCAUGACGGAUUUGAACUUGGUUCAUCGGUAAAUGGAUGCACCAAAGGUAUUGAUAUUUGGGAUACCCCAUUCUAUCAUGAAGGCAAACGUGUUGUCAUUAUUGAUUGUGAGGGCAUUGAUGACCCAAACCAGGAAGUUCCGUGGGCAAAUAAACUUUUUAUAUUAUGUCUGGCUAUCUCUUCAACACUUAUAUACAAUAUUAAUGGAAUUAUUGGAAGAGAUGAUAUCGAAAAGUUAUUCCUAAUGACUAAAAUUGUAUCUCUCAUCCAACCACCAAAUGAUUACCAAUAUUUGCCGAAUUUGGUCGUUCUUCUUCGAGAUUUCCAACUAGAUAGUCCGCCUGAUUUUGUAAAGUAUUUUCUUGAAAGAUUGUCAAAUGUUAAUUAUGAUGCUGCGCAAGAUAUUACAAAAUUUUUUAAACAAUUCAAAGUCUAUGCGCUUCCAUCUCCAGGAAUUCGUCAAGAUGCUAUGAGAGACAUGAGCAAAAUUGAGACCAAUCAAUUAGAUCCUAGUUUUGUUAAAAAGAUUGAAGAAAUUGUAACAAAUAUUUUUGAAAAUUUGCCUCCAAAAUAUCUUAAUGCUUCAACAAUGACAGGAAUAGUUUUUGCUGAAUUUCUUGAGAGAUGUGUUGUACAAAUAAAUGAUCCAGAAAACACCAUGUUAUCGAUUCCAAGUGCGUAUGAAGCUACCAUUAAUUAUGCUGCUCAAAAAGCAUAUGAGACUUGUCUUGAAACUUAUAAUGAAAUGAUGAACCAAAUAAGCAUUACUGGGUUUCCAAUUUCUUGGAAUGAGUUUGAAGAUAUUCAUAAUGUCGCGCUUGAAAUUGCGAUGAAAACUUUCAUUCAACAAAUCGUUGGUAGCACUGAUCAAAUUCAAUCUUUUCAAGAAACAUUUUUUGAUAAAAUUACUACUGUGAAAGAUCAACUAUACAUGAAAAACUCUGCAGCCAUGUAUGAAUAUCAUAAAGAAUGGGCACAGAAACUCUGGAAAGAGAACGUCGCGCAUGGAUUAGAAAUAGAAAAACUUUUUGAUAUGGACAAAUUUGAAGAGGCAAUUAAAUUGUUUGAACGAACUUAUGGAACUAUAGCAAAGCCAGGGCAAGAAGCUGUACAAAAAUUACUUGAAGAAAAAGUAAAGAAUAUGGAAGAUAACCUUCGCAGUCAGGAACAACAUAGCGAACAAGCAAUUAAUCAACUAAAAAAUGAAAAUCAGCAUAUGCUUAAUAAAGUUAAAGAAGAAAGCCAGUUGAAAAUAAAUAGUCUGCAAGAACAACUAAACAAUAAUACUCAAAAGAAAACCGACUUUUUAGAUUUAAUUAAAGAGAUUGUCUGUAUUGGUGAAGCAAUUUUACCAAUAAUAAAAUGUUUUCUUAAAAAAAAAUAA